GGGUCAGGCGAAAGCGAUGAAGACGGUGACCAUGGAGGCUGGGCUGGGUUCGAUGCCGGUGCCGCGUGCAGAACUGAAGCUGGUCCGACUGUUGAGCCGUUGUGAAGCGAUGGCGGCCGAUAAACGAAAUCCGGACGAGUGGCGAUUGGACAAGUACGUAGCUGCUCUGGAGGAGAUGUUACUCACAUUGAAGAAACACUCCAGCAAACCAGCUCCUGAGGUACUGAAUGAAUAUUCUCGUAAGGUGGAUUUUUUAAAGGGCUUGCUAGAAGCAGAGAAAUUGUCAUCAUCUUCUGAGAAGGCGCUGGCAAAUCAGUUUUUGGCUCCCGGGAGAACUCCUACCACUGCCAAGGAGCGGACCCCAGCAACGAAAACCGUGCAUCUACAGACCAAGGCCCGCUUUAUGGACGAGAUGAGGAAUGAGCUGCUUGAUUUGGAAGAGAAAAAUUUAAGGAAACGCAUGACUCCACUUCCUGACGAGAAGCAGUCAGCUGCUGAACUGGAUGCGGUCCUGCAGCAUCAUCACAACAUCCAGGAGAAGUUAGCUGAAGAGAUGUUGCACCUGGCGCGCAAUCUCAAGAACAACACUCUUGUAGCACAGAAUGUGAUUAAGCAAGAUAACCAGACCUUGACGCAGUCACUCAAGCUGGCUGACCAUAACUUUGAGAAACUAAAGUCUGAAUCGGAUCGCCUGGAGCAGCAUGCCAAGAAAUCUGUCAACUGGCUUCUCUGGCUAAUGUUGAUCGUUGUCUGUUUCAUUUUCAUCAGCAUGAUCCUGUUCAUUAGAAUCUUCCCAAAACUAAGAUGAUUUCUGGGCUGGUGUCAGCAGCAGCCUGGCUCCUUAUCUUAUUUUAUCUUUUUCAUUUAACCCAUCAAACCUUGCUGGGCUUUUGUAACUUGGUGAAAAUGCUCAAUGGGAUAAUAGUUCUGUUGCAGAUUCUCAUAGAAUCUGAGCUAAAAUGUUUUCCUCCUGCUUGAAAGACUCAAUAGGAAAGCUCUUUCUGCAUUGUUAUAGUGGGAUUAAGCAACCUAUGGGACAUAUGCAACAGCCCAGAAGUUCCUCUUUGUAUGGCCUACAGCUCCCCAAGUGUUUUAAAUAACAAAAGGGGGGGGGAAACAAUAGAAGUGGGGCUUCUGAACUUAACAUACUUAUUCAUAAGCAAAUAAUCCCCCAAGGAAUUUGGUGACUCACUGUGGGGGCAAAAUAGUAACAAAUCUCUUGGUUAGCAAAAGUUUUCCAUUCCUGAAUUAUAAGUCAACAAAGACUCUCCUUUGCUGCUGGUGAGGAGCAGAGUAGGUGAAUUGAAAUCUCAUGAAAAUAGAAUAUGACUUCACCUACUGAGGUUGGAUGGUGCUGGGGGGGGAGGUAAUACUUAGCUGUUCUUAAUUACUUUCCUUUCACAGACCAUCUCAACAAUAUUGCUUUGGUCAUCGGGUUCAUUGACAAAGUACUCAUUAGCAUACAACAACCCAGGGCUAUAGAAGCUUUCCCAAUUUUCUUUGCUCUGGAAUACUGAAAUAGUCCUUCAUGAGUAUAUUUCACAUGCAAGUUUGCUAGUACCCCCUGGGGAUUACUUACUCUGGGGGAGAUGGUUACAUUUCUAGGUAGACAUUCAUUCCAGGGUGAUUGGCAGUUAUGUGACCUUGAAGAAUAAAAGUAUGUCAGUGUUGAC